GACGCCCAUAUUUUGUUUGUUGUUUGUUGGGUGCAGGUGGUUGUUGGACAUUGAUGGACGGUUAUGUAGCUCUGUGCUGCUUGCUACUUGUUGAGAAGAGCCAUUAUCUAAUGAGGCUUCCUCCAAGGGUGGCCAGGCCACCUCUGAGUGCCCUGUGAGCAGGCACCAUGGAGCUGAAGGUGUGGGUGGACGGCAUCCAGCGGAUUGUGUGCGGCGUCUCGGAGACCACCAGCUGCCAGGACGUGGUCUACGCGCUGGCGCACGCCACCGGCCGCACCGGCCGCUUCACUCUCAUCGAGCGAUGGCGCAACAACGAGCGGCUGCUGGCGCCGCAGGAGCUCCCCGUCAAGGUGCUGAUGAAGUGGGGCGAGUACUCGAGCGACGUGCAGUUCAUCCUGCUUCGUUCUCCGCUGGAGAAGUCGCCGGGUCGGGCGCGGCGGGCCGGCCGGCCUCGUGGCGGCGCCGACAUCUCGCCGCCCAGCCCUGAGACGAGCACCACCGUGCUGUCGCCGGAACUGCAGCGGCGCCGCUCCGAGCUGCGCCUGCUCGAGCACGUGAAGCGCGGCACAGUGGGUGUGGUGCGCGGCGUGCAGCAGCGGCCGCCGGACGAGGCGUGGUCGGGCCGCGCGGCGCCCCCGCCCGGGCCGCGCCUCCCGCCGCUGGACAAGCCCAGCCUCAACGACAGCGUGUCGAGCGUCGACACCAGCUUCAACACUAGUCACGACAAGCCUCCGCCACCGCCGCCGCCGCCGCCGCACUCUAGUCAGAUCCUGGCCGCCCAGGAGAGCCCGUCGUCGCCUCCUGGCCACCCGGCCAAGUCGCGCCGACCAGGCCGCGGCCUCGCCAACGACUCAUACAACAUGGAGGAGGUGGUGUACAACAACCAGUACCGCGAGCUGCUCAGCGUCGUCAACGCCCAGAAGACCCAGCUCAGCUCGCUCCAGGCGGACGUCACCAAGUGUGACGCAGAGAUCGUAUACCUGGAGGAGUUCCAGCGGGAGCAGGAUGUGCAGCUAUCAGCCGUCCGCACCGAGGCCAACCGGCUGGAGACUGUGCUCGCCGAGCAACACCGGGAGGUGUCGGAGGCGGAGGAGACGGCGCAGCAGCUGCGACGCGAGACGGAGGAGGGCGACAGGAUGCGCGCUGAUAGCGAACUGCUCAAGCAGAAGCUAGCCGCCUGCGAGGCCGACAUCAAGAAAUACGACGGCAUGAUGCGAGACCUGUCGGAAGCGGUCAAGUCGGAGCAGGCGCGCGGCGAGCAGGAGGCGCGCAUCACGCAGGAGGAGCUGGCCGAGCUGGGUGGCCAGCUGGAGCAGCUGCAGCAGCAGGCGGCGCGCGCUGAGACGGAGCGCGCCGCGCUCGAGGCGCAGAUCGCACAGCUGGCCGAGCAGCUGCGCGAGCGGCAGCGGCGCGUCGAGCAGCUACUCGAGGAGCUGAAGACGGUCAAUCUAGAGAGUCUGCGCAUGGCCGGCGCCGAGGAGCUCACCAAGAUCACCGAGGGUCCGGCCAAGUCUGGUCUGAGCAGGCAGCUGAUCGGCUCGCCUCGCCAGCUGGAGAGCGCCGUGCCCACUAGCAAGAACCCGCACGGCGUCUGGGUGUGAUGGAACCGCCCGAGGGCUCCGCUCUGGCUCUGGGCCUGAUCCGCCAGCCUGAGAACCCCACCCGGACGCCGGGACGUGAUUAAGGAAAGGAAACAGAGGCUGUCGGCGCUGGCCAACGUCAGGGCGCUGCUGCGUAUUUUCUUGACCGCUCCGUCGAGGUGUCGGCUGUCGCUGCUGCUGCUGCUGCGUUAACAUAGGUUCAUGCCAAUGGUGUUGCUGCCAUGUUCGCAUAAAUGGCAAUUUGCUGCUGUUGAACAUAGGUCCAUGCCAAUGGUGGUGCUGCUAUAUUCGCAUAAAUAACACUUUGCUGCUGUUCAUUAUUCUCUAUCACUACUGGACAUUGUCUGAUGUGUAUAUACAUGGCAGGACUACCGCAUCAACGCCCAAGCUGCGGUUCUGUCAUAUGCGAGGCGUUAGUGGCGUGGGGCAGAAAUCUGCUGCCUGUCGCCUGGCUUCACCCAGACUGGCCCAGGUCCUGCCGCUCGCGACGUGCACAAUCCAAUGUCUCGCUUCUAACGCUGCUUCGCUCACGUGACUUGCAUGGCUUCUACUCCCGCUUUAUCUGACAUCACCAAACCAGGCUGUCUUGAACUGUCUCGUCCAGUUCGUGAACCUAGUACAAUAAUGCCUUGUUUUUUUCUUGCCCAUUGUUUUCAGUUCAUUGUCGGUUGGUAUUUUGUUUGUACUAUCUCGUUUACCUUUCUUUUAUACGUACCACUAACAGUUUGCCCCCAUCCCAAUAGUGUCCCGAACGUGAUCAGUUACCAGAUAUACAUAUUAUAGCGUUGUUGCAGCCAGAUGUAACUAUUCACAUAGGUCUGAAUAAUCAUGCAGGUAGAGCACUUUUUAUUUUUUCCAGUCUAUCGUUGUAUAGUUGCUUUAUCAUGCGAUUUUUUUUAGUCUACUUGAAUUGUGUGCCACGCGGAACUAGUAUUGCAUGAGAAACUACGAACAAACCAUGUCAUGUAUUGUGUUUGAAUUCAGGGUUUGUUUUAGAAAUUGCACGUGCGUAGUGUGUUUAUUUUAGUUUUUGCUCCAUGUAUAUUUUUCCUGGCGUGUGCCAUAUUGCAGGGUCCGACCCGGCCUUCCAGCUGUUUGUCAGUGCCGUGUUGACGACUGCGUUGUGUACGCUCCUGUGUGCCGCGCCAGCAUUGCGGAUUGAUUAAUAGCUCAUGGGACAGUAUGCCCAUGAUUUCAUAGAGGAAGAUAAUCAAACUCGGCCGUUGCUGUGGAUUUCCCGCUGGUAUGCGAGCGGGCCGGUCCGGCGCAAGCAAGGCCCGGCCGGGCUGUUUACUCGCGCCGGUACAGACUGACAUCUGGACAUGAGCCGCGUCUUACCGCAGAUAAUACACGAAGGAAAGUGA